GUAAUAUUGUAUUGGCUAUCUAUUGGGACUUAACUCAACUAAUCAUCCAAUCCAUUAAUCUUUGUUACGAUGAGAUGACGGUAACAACAUCAAUUCGAAUUCCAGGAAGCUCUGGGUAUUUGGAUAUACACCCUGAAAGAAAAGUCUCUGUGUUUAAGAACCCUUACAUUUUGUGUCUCACUUCUGUAGCUAGCAUUGGUGGAUUACUCUUUGGCUACGACACUGGUGUUAUAUCAGGUGCUCUCCUCUAUAUUAAAGAUGACUUUCAGGCCGUCAGAUACAGUCAUUUUCUUCAGGAAACAAUUGUCAGCAUGGCAGUGGCUGGUGCAAUUGUUGGAGCAGCAGUAGGUGGUUGGAUGAAUGAUCGUUAUGGAAGAAAGAAGGCAACCAUCAUUGCAGAUGUUAUCUUUAUUCUCGGAGCAAUUGUCAUGGCUGCUGCGCCAGAUCCUUAUAUUCUCAUACUUGGCCGUGUUUUGGUUGGUUUGGGCGUGGGUAUAGCUUCAGUUACUGCUCCCGUGUAUAUUGCAGAAUUGUCACCAUCAGAAAUAAGGGGAGGACUUGUAGCCACAAACGUGCUUAUGAUAACUGGUGGACAGUUUAUUUCUUAUCUAGUAAAUCUUUCUUUUACGCAGGUCCCCGGGACAUGGCGAUGGAUGCUGGGAGUUUCGGGUGUGCCAGCAGUAAUUCAGUUUUUUCUCAUGCUCUUCCUGCCUGAAUCGCCCAGAUGGCUCUACAUAAAUAAUAGGGAAAAUGAAGCCAUUAUUGUGCUUGGUAAGAUAUAUGACUUUGAUCGUUUAGAGGAUGAAGUUGCUUUACUUACAGCUCAGUCAGAGCAAGACCGCCAAAAAAGGGCUGAUGUCAGAUACAGGCAUGUUUUUAAAUCAAAAGAGAUCAGACUUGCAUUCCUUGCCGGAGCUGGACUACAGGCUUUUCAGCAAUUUACAGGUAUAAACACAGUGAUGUACUACAGUCCAACAAUUGUCCAAAUGGCUGGCUUUCACUCUAAUGAGUUGGCUCUUCAACUCUCUCUCAUAGUUGCUGGCUUGAAUGCUGCCGGAACAGUUCUUGGUAUUUACCUUAUUGACCAUGCAGGACGGAAAAAAUUAGCCCUGUAUAGCUUAGGAGGAGUAAUAGCUUCGCUAAUAAUCUUAUCAGUCUCAUUUUUUAACCAAUCAUCUAGCACUACUACAAAUCAAAAUGAUUUGUAUGGAUGGCUUGCGGUUGUUGGUUUGGCCCUAUAUAUUGCAUUUUUCUCGCCAGGGAUGGGGCCUGUGCCGUGGGCAGUAAACUCUGAAGUAUAUCCGCAGGAGUACCGAGGAAUGUGUGGAGGGAUGUCAGCUACUGUGAAUUGGAUUUCAAAUUUGAUUGUGGCUCAGUCAUUUCUUUCCAUUGCAGAAGCUGCAGGGACUGGUCCUACAUUCUUGCUUCUUGCUAUUAUAGCUGUUAUAGCGUUUUUGUUUGUGGUUUUUUUGGUUCCAGAAACCAAAGGGUUGACAUUUGAUGAAGUGGAGUUGUUGUGGAGGGAGAGAGCUUGGGGUAAGAAUCCUCGCACUAAAACCCUUCUUGAACGUGGAAAUCAGUCCUAUUAGUACUAGGAAUUGUUCUUGUUUUUCUAUGAAUUUUGAUUUAUGAGAGGCAAAGUGAUUUUUUGGGCACUGAUUGCUUUCGAUUGCAUGUCUGCAAAUCUUCAAGUGGCCCAGUUCAAAUUCCACAAAAGUUUUCUCUUUCCUAAUACUAAUAAACUUACUUGGAUUUUGUGUCUAAUCUUUGACCACUCAAACAGCUUUACGUGGACUGUCUUUGUGAAAGUUUCAGCUCACCUUCCCAAUUUUAUUUGUGAUCAUUUAUCUUUA